ACAUUGUUCUCCGGCGUACUUCGCGACACCGAAACCACUAACUUGCAGCAACCUACGAGGAUGUUCUUUCCUGUUAUAAUCUUAGUACUCGCCCUGCAAUGCGGGAUUGGAAGUUUAGUCGAAGGGGAGCCCCUGGUUGUAGGAUACUAUAGAGAGAGUUGCCCUUUUGCAGAAGAGAUUGUCCAGAGGGUUGUGGCACGUGCGGUUUUAAGAGACCCUCGAAUGGCCGCAUCCCUUCUCCGUCUCCAUUUCCACGACUGUUUUGUCAUGGGUUGCGAUGGAUCGAUUUUGUUGGACAGCGUCGGCGGCAUUUUGAGCGAGAAGCUAGCAGGACCCAACAUCAACUCGGUGCGUGGGUUUGAGGUCAUUGACGAGAUAAAAUAUUACCUGGAAGAAGCGUGCCCCCAUACUGUCUCGUGUGCUGAUAUCUUGGCCAUUGCCGCCCGUGACUCUGUCGUACUGAGAGGAGGACCGAGUUGGGAAGUGUGGCUUGGGAGGAGAGACUCGUUGACGGCAAGCUUCACUGGAGCCAACCAGUUCAUCCCUCUUCCGAACUCCUCACUUGUAGGUCUCAUUGCCAAUUUCGGGCAACAAGGUCUUGACAUUGGAGACUUGGUUGCUCUAUCAGGCAGUCACACGUUUGGAAGGGCGAGAUGCCUGAGCUUCAGGCAGCGGGUGUACCAGGAUUAUAAUCCCGAGGAAUAUCAUGACCGUUAUCAGAAGCAGACAACCUUCAGAAGGGUCCUAAGUUCAAUCUGCCCGGAGACAGGGGGUGAUCAGAGAUUGGCUCCUCUGGAUUAUGUCACCAAGAAUUUGUUCGACAAUGAGUACUUCAUCAAUAUCUUGCAGGAGAGAGGACUGUUGCAUUCUGAUAAUGUGCUGGUGAAUGAAGAUCAUGAAGGAGAGAUCUUGAGUCGGGUCUGGUACUAUGCCUCCGACCGACAGGCUUUUUUCAGUUCAUUCGUGGAGUCAAUUGUGAAGAUGGGAAACAUCAAUGUAUUGACAGGUGUUCAAGGAGAGAUCAGGAGAAAUUGUCGACUUGUCAAUAUUUAGCAAAAAGGAGCCCCUUUUUUGUCAAAAAUAUGAAAGUUCCACACCAUUUGCUUCUUGAUUGUUAGGGUGUUAUAUGAGCUCUUGGCAGAAACAUUCCGAUGAAUAACAAACCACGGGCUUUUAAUGCAUACUCUUA